AUGAAAGCAUAUGCUAUUGUUCUCAUAGCUUGCGGUUCAGUAGCCGUAGCAAUUGUAGUGUUGUGCUGUCUUUGCAAGGGUGGAGGCAAAAGGAAACUCCCUGCUGUUCAAAGGAGUACUGCAGCUCCCCAGUCAGCGCAGCAAACGUAUAGACAGCAAGCUAUGGAAAAGGGCCAAACCUCCAAAAGCAGUGGCUCAAAAGAUGGUAAAAUGGUGAUUUUAGCAGGAGCGGGCGCUGCUAUAGCCACUACUUCUAUUGUAACUGCAAGCAGUGGUGGUUGGAACAGUGGCGGUGGAGGUGGCGGGGCGGUGGUUGUGGUGGUGGCGGCUGUGGGGGCGGUGGUGGUUGUGGCGGCGGCUGUUGAAAACUGUUGUUCUGCCGGCCUCUUGCCCAGCCAGACUGAUGUAGCUUCGUAUGAUGUUAUAGACACCAAAGAAAGGAGCUCUCAGUGUGGAGGAGUAUAUUCUCAAGAUGCAAGCAAUGCCAAUCGUGCUGGUAACUCUCAGUUUUGUAGUCCUAGUGGUAGAGGUCAUACUGGCCCUAGCCAUGGUGGUUUUGGUCGUGGCAACAAACCAAUUUGCCAACUCUAUAAAAAGAUUGGUCAUGUAGCUGAUAAAUGUUAUAGAAGGUUUGAUAUUAGCUUUUCGGGUGUUGGUUCGACUAGUUAUGCCAACUCCUCAAGCCAAGCAAAUGUCCUUUCCACCUCUAACCCUACAGAUCAUGAGUGCAGAGCAACUCCAAGGAAGAUGAAAGCAUAUGCUGUUGUUCUCAUAGCUUGCGGUUCUGUAGCCGUAGCAAUUGUAGUGUUGUGUUGUCUUUGCAAGGGUGACGGCAAAAGGAAACGCCCCGAUGUUCAAAGGAGUACUGCAGCUCCCCGGUCAGCGCAGAAAACGUAUAGUGAUAUGGAAAAGGGCCAAACCUCUAAAAGCAGUGACUCAAAAGAUGGUAAAAUGGUGAUUUUAGCAGGAGCGGGUGCUGUUAUAGCCGCUACUGCUGUUGUAACUGCUAGCAGUGGCGGUGGCGGUGGCUGUGGUGGUGGCGGCGGCGGCUGUGGGGGCGGUGGUGGUUGUGGCGGCGGCGGUUGUGGCGGUUGA